AUGUUAUCUCUCGAUUUAUUGGCCACCACAGUAAUUACUUUCUACAUUUCGUCAGCUCAAGCUGAAACUACCAACCAAUGUGUGACUUUUCCUUCUGUUGCCAAGGCAGCUUCUAUCAAUGGCUUUGCUUACAACAUUUACAAUAAUCUUCCGGAAUGUGCUAGACCAUGUGUUGAAGAAGACACCGGUUGCAUGUUAUGA